GAGGGAGAGAGCGGGGAGUAGAAAAAUAAAAAAAAGACAGAUUUCAUCCAUUUCAAAAGGACUCCCGCUUUCCAUUCUCUCUCCUUUCUAGUUAAUUCCUACGAAAAAGUAGCCCAAAUAUGGAUAACGAACGAUGAGGAGUGUGGCAGGGUGCAGCUGACUGACUGAACCAUGGCUCAAUUCCCCACGCCCUUUGGAGGGGGGCUGGACACAUGGGUUAUCUCUGUGGAUGAGAGAGCCAAACAUGACCAACAGUUCCACAGUCUGACCCCCACACCUGCCGGCUUCAUCACAGGUGAUCAGGCCAAGAAUUUCUUUCUGCAGUCAGGCUUACCUGCCCCUGUUCUGGCCCAGAUAUGGGCUUUGGCCGACCUGAACAACGAUGGGAAGAUGGACAUGCACGAGUUCUCCAUAGCCAUGAAGCUGAUCAAGCUGAAGUUGCAGGGUCACCCGCUGCCCCCCACUUUGCCCCCCUCCAUGAAGCAGCCCCCCCUCUCCUUACCGCCUCCCAGUGCUUUUGGAAUGCCCAGUAUGGGAGCCAUGACGGGUUUACCAGCGGUGCCGCCCAUGCCCCUCCCGCCUCUUCCUCCUGGAGUGCCGGGUGUGGGCAUGUCACCCCCACUGGUGUCGUCAGUGACCCCUCCUGUGCCUCCAAUGGCCAAUGGAGCCCCUUCGAUGAUACAACCCAUAUCAGGAUUUUCACACCCUGCUCCUCUGUCAGCCACAGCUCUCAACAAAAGCUCUUCUUUCAACCGCUCCAGUGCCAAGCUGCCCAAGGGACAGUCUUUUGAGACACCUAGUGCCCCCGCAGCCCCCGUGCCCACUGAUUGGGCUGUGCCCCAGUCCUCACGGCUAAAGUAUCGCCAACUCUUCAACAGCCAUGACAAGAUGAUGAGUGGCCAUCUUACAGGGCCCCAGGCUAGAACUAUUCUUAUGCAGUCCAGUCUACCACAAGCCCAGCUGGCCACCAUCUGGAACCUGUCAGACAUAGACCAGGACGGAAAGCUGACAGCUGAGGAGUUUAUUCUGGCCAUGCACUUAAUUGACAUGGCCAUGUCUGGCCUGCCUCUCCCUCCUCUCCUGCCCCCUGACCUUCUGCCACCUACCUUCAGGAGGGUGCGCUCUGGCAGUGGAGUCUCUAUGACCAGCAUGCACCCUACAGAUCAGCGGGUCCAGGAAGAGUCUGCAGAAGAAGAGGAGAAAGAGGCGGAGAAAAAGCUUCCAGUCACCUUUGAAGACAAGAAGCGAGAGAACUUUGAACGAGGCAAUCUGGAGCUGGAGAAGCGGCGGCAGGCCCUGUUGGAGCAGCAACGUAAGGAGCAGGAGCGACUGGCGGCACUGGAACGGGAGGAGCAGGAGCGCAAGGAGCGCGAGCGGCAAGAACAGGAGCGCCGACGACAGCAAGAAUUGGAGAAGCAACUUGAGAAGCAGAGGGAGCUGGAGAGACAGCGGGAGGAAGAGCGGCGCAAAGAGAUUGAGAGGAGAGAGGCAGCUAAGCGGGAGCUGGAGCGACAGCGGCAAUUGGAGUGGGAGAGGAACCGCAGGCAGGAGCUGCUGACCCAGAGGAACCGAGAGCAGGAGAACAUCGUUUUGCUCAAAGCACGCAAGAAGACCCUCGAGUUUGAACUUGAGGCUCUGAAUGAUAAGAAGUCUCAGCUGGAGGGGAAGCUGCAGGACAUCCGUUUUCGUCUGUCCACUCAGAGGCAAGAGAUUGAGAGCACCAAUAAGACGCGUGAACUCCGCAUCGCUGAGAUCACCACACUGCAACAGCAGCUACAGGAGUCUCAGCAGUGGUUGGGUAGACUCAUUCCUGAUAAACAGUGUUUGAAUGAUCAGCUGAAGCAAGUGCAGCAGAACAGCCUGCAUAGGGACUCACUGUCCAGCUUGCAGAGAGCCGUGGAGAUGAAGGAAGCAACCAGGCAGGAGCUCCGUGAGCAACUGGACGCCGUGGAGAAAGAGACUCGCUCCAAGCUGCUAGAGAUAGAUGCGUUCAACACACAGCUGAAGGAGCUCAGGGAGAUCCACAACAAACAGCAGCGGCAGAAACAGAAGGAGUUGGAGGGGGACAUCAUUCAGCCUCCACUGGACAGCAAGCCUGCGGAGCUGCAGGAGAGCAGAGUGUUGGGGGCUGAUGAUGGUGUGUCGCCAGCCUGGAGGGAUUCAGCGUUAGGAAAAGCCCCAACUCCGCCUGCCUCUCAGCCCUGGAUGAGCCACGUCAGUGAAGAGGAGAGCCAGAGCUCUAGAGGAGACAUGCAGGACAAACUCUCUAAACUGUUCAUGCAGCAACCUGAACCAGGCAAACUGCUGGGCCAGUCACCCUGGCCUGCAUUAGAUAAAGUGCCCAUGUCUGGCCUUAAUCAGGAGAAGGUAAGAGUGGUGUACUACAGAGCGCUUUACCCCUUUGAGGCCCGAAGUCAUGAUGAAAUCACCAUCCAGCCUGGAGACAUAGUUAUGGUUGAUGAGUCUCAAACUGGUGAGCCUGGAUGGUUAGGGGGUGAAAUUAAAGGAAAGACUGGCUGGUUUCCUGCCAACUAUGCAGAGAAGAUUCCAGAGUCUGAAGUUCCUCCUAACCUGAGAGCCAGUGCUACGUCAAGUUCAGCCUCAAAACUCAGCACCCGCAUUACCCCCACUUCAUCAACCACGCCCACGCCUCUGCAGCCGGUCACCACAGAGACGACAGCAGUAGCUCCGCCCACUACAGCCACAGCUGCUCCAGGCCCCGCGUCCUCAUCUUCAUCUGCCUCUAGUAACUGGGCAGACUUCAGCACUACAUGGCCAACGAACUCAGCGGUGGAGAAGCAGGAUGCUGACGGUUGGGAGGCGUGGCCAACUCAGCCCACCCAGCCCACGCAGCCCUCUCUCUCUGUUCCCAGUGGAGGCCAGGGUCGGCAGCGCUCCGCCUUCACCCCUGCCACUCUCUCUGGCUCCUCCCCCUCGCCUGUGCUUGGACAGGGGGAGAAGGUGGAGGGGCUGCAGGCUCAGGCUCUGUACCCAUGGCGGGCGAAAAAGGAUAACCACCUAAACUUCAACAAGAAUGAUGUGAUCACAGUGCUGGAGCAGCAGGACAUGUGGUGGUUUGGUGAGGUACAAGGCCAAAGAGGCUGGUUCCCCAAAUCCUAUGUCAAGCUCAUCUCUGGGCCUGUGCGCAAGUCCAUGAGUAUUGAGUCAGGAUCCUCUGAUAGCCCUCCCAGUAUGAAGAGACCUAGCCCUUCCCCUAACAAACCCAUGGAGCUUGGUGAAGAGUACAUAGCGAUGUAUACGUAUGAAAGCAGUGAGCAGGGUGACCUGACCUUUCAGCAGGGCGACGUCAUCACAGUGUUAAAGAAAGAGGGUGACUGGUGGACUGGCACAGUGGCUGGUAAAACAGGAGUCUUCCCUUCUAACUACGUCAAGCCCAAGGAUUCAGAGGGCCUGGGGCCUGCUGGGAAAACUGGGAGUCUGGGAAAGAAACCAGAGAUUGCCCAGGUGAUCGCCCCCUACACGGCCACGGGGGCAGAGCAGCUCACCCUGGCUCCCGGCCAGCUCAUCCUCAUCCGCAAGAAGAACCCUGGGGGCUGGUGGGAAGGAGAACUGCAGGCAAGAGGAAAGAAACGUCAGAUUGGAUGGUUCCCGGCCAAUUAUGUAAAACUAUUAAGCCCUAGCACCAGUAAGACCACGCCCACUGAGCCAACUCCGCCCAAAUUGCCAACACCUAAUGCAGUGUGCCAGGUGAUUGGCAUGUAUGACUACGUGGCUCAAAACGAUGACGAGCUGCCCUUUGGGAAGGGGCAGAUCAUCAAUGUGCUGAGCAGGGAGGAUCCUGAUUGGUGGAAGGGCGAGUUGAAUGGUUCCGUGGGCCUUUUCCCCUCCAACUACGUCAAACUGACCACAGACACAGACCCCAGCCAACAAUGGUGUGCUGACCUCCACCUCUUGGACAUGUUGACCCCAAUGGAGAGGAAGCGGCAAGGCUACAUCCACGAGCUCAUCGUGACUGAGGAAAACUAUGUCAACGACCUGCAGUUGGUCACUGAGACCUUCCAGAAGCCUCUGCUGGAGUCAGAGUUGCUGACGGAAAAAGAAGUGGCCAUGAUCUUCGUCAACUGGAAGGAACUCAUCAUGUGCAACAUUAAAUUGCUCAAGGCAUUGCGGGUGAGGAAGAAGAUGUCAGGGGAACGCAUGCCUGUGAAGAUGAUUGGGGACAUUCUGACAGCACAGUUGCCCCACAUGCAGCCUUAUAUCCGCUUCUGCAGCUGCCAGCUCAAUGGCGCAACCCUCAUCCAGCAGAAGACUGAUGAGGUGCCUGACUUCAAGGACUUUGUAAAGAGGUUGGCCAUGGAUCCUCGCUGUAAAGGAAUGCCUCUGUCCAGCUUCCUCCUCAAACCCAUGCAGAGGGUCACACGCUACCCCCUUAUCAUCAAAAAUAUUCUAGAGAACACUCCAGAAAGCCACCCGGAUCACAGUCACCUGCGGCAGGCUCUAGAGAAGGCGGAGGAGCUCUGCUCACAGGUCAAUGAGGGUGUACGAGAGAAGGAGAACUCGGAUCGCCUGGAGUGGAUACAAGCUCACGUUCAGUGUGAAGGGUUAUCUGAGCAAUUGGUCUUCAACUCUGUGACUAACUGUCUGGGCCCUCGCAAGUUCCUGCACAGCGGGAAGCUCUACAAGGCUAAGAGCAACAAGGAGCUGUACGGCUUCCUCUUCAAUGAUUUCCUGCUCCUCACCCAGGUUACCAAACCACUGGGCUCCUCGGCUUCUGACAAGGUCUUCAGCGCCAAGUCCCACCUGCAGUACCGCAUGUACAAGACACCCAUCUUCCUGAACGAGGUUCUAGUGAAGCUCCCUACAGAUCCCUCGGGAGAUGAGCCCAUUUUCCAUAUAUCCCACAUAGACCGAGUCUACACCAUACGAGCAGAGAGCAUCAAUGAGAGAACUGCAUGGGUGCAGAAGAUCAAGGCUGCCUCUGAGCUCUUCAUUGAGACGGAGAAGAAGAAGAGGGAGAAAGCCUAUUUGGUGCGGUCUCAGAGAGCUACAGGCAUUGGUAGACUGAUGGUCAACAUAGUAGAAGGAAUUGAGCUGAAACCCUGCCGUUCCCAUGGUAAGAGUAACCCAUACUGUGAGGUGACAAUGGGCUCACAAUGUCACAUCACUAAGACGCUGCAGGACACGUUGAACCCCAAAUGGAACUCAAACUGCCAGUUCUUCAUCAAAGACCUGGAACAGGACGUGCUGUGUGUGACUGUGUUUGAGAGGGACCAAUUCUCACCCGAUGAUUUCCUGGGCAGGACAGAGAUUCGCCUGGCGGACAUUAAAAAGGACCAGGGGUCAAAAGGUCCGAUCACUAAGAGGCUGCUCUUGCACGAGGUCCCCACAGGAGAAAUAGUGGUCAGACUCGACCUGCAGCUAUUCGAUGAACCCUGACCCUUGUGAUCUUCAACCUCCUUUCACUCCAGAUUCCAUACUGCCCCCCUCUUCCAUGGUACAAGUCCACCAGCCUAAUGUGACAAUCCACAUCACUCAACAGCACCGUGCCCCAUUCUGUGUGUGUGGGUGAGGGUGUAGAAGAGAGAGAGGAACAGAAAGAGGGAGAUAAGGGAGUAUGAGAGGACGCAUGUUGGUCUAGAAAAGUAAGCUGUAACGGUCUUAAUCAGUCCUGUAGUUUGAUUUUUACACGACUUGAACGCACAUCAUGAUUCAAAGCUCAUAGAAGAGUUCUAGAGCUGAAGCUGAAGUCUUAAGAUGUUGUUGGUCUGAAAGAAUGAAAGCAUUCAUGGUAGCCCCUACAUUGAACUUUGGUCAUACUUCAUUUGAAGACUACCUUCAUAGGGACAAAUAAAGUAUUUUAAAACAAUGCUUAAAUAUUUAUGAGCAGCUUAUACCAGUAAUCGCAAGAUAAAAUUUGUAAAUUGUAACACUGUUAUAAAGCAUCAGUGCCAAAGAAAUAGGACUUUAAGGCAGAGGCCCAGUUAAGAAAACCAAUUAUUAGUUAUACAUAAAGCACAGAAGUACAGAUGUCUACUGAGACUUGUUUGGUUCACAUGAACAAUUCACUGAGGUCUACUAAAUAGAAAUUGCUUAUUAAAAUAAUAACUGGAAUAACUUACAGUACUUUUACGUUUGAUGCUUAAGUACAUUUAAAAGCAAGUCAUUUUGUACUGAAGUGGAAAUACAGACAGGGUACUUUUACUCAAAUAAUAUUUUACCAAGAAUAUUUCUACUUUUUCUUUAGAACAGGAUUUUUGUUUAUUUUAUUUAUAUGGAUAUUCAUACAGUUGGGAGAACAUGUAUGAAACUGAAGUUCAUGAGCAUGAAAAUCUUCCACAGAACUGAUAUACGAUCGUAAUUAGGCCUCUGCCCUUUAAGUUACAUUACUUUGGAAUGUUUAAGACCUAUACAGUGUUGUUUACUUCAUAAACAUGUUAUGUCAUCCUGUCAUUGAUUACUGGCAUAGACUGUUCAUAAGUAUUCAAGUAUUUCUUUAUAAAUACAUUAUUCAGUCUUGCAUUAUGAAGUCCCUGUGUAGAGAGCCUUCAAACAGUGUUACAGAAUUUUUCAAUAACUGACGUUAGUGGUUGUUUUAUCCUCUGAAUAUUCACAUUUGUAUCUGCAAGACUCAACAGCAAAUGACAAAAUGAACAUUUUUGUGUGUGUAAAUGAUUUGAUUGUUCAGUGCUUGUGAGCACUUCGAUUCAAAACAUUCCUGUUUCAGUUUAUAGUAGGAUAUCAUUGUUCAUUUGUCAGACAAGGCAUUUAAUAUGUGAGAUCUUGAAAAAAAAACACACUAUACAUUUAGUGUAAACAAAAGCAGCUUUAUCGGUCACCUAUAAUGGCUUUAAUGCAAUUUGCCUCUGGUGCUGUUGCCAGUUCCCUCAUGUUUACAAGACCUCUCUGUUCUAGAUUUCAGAAAUAAGUUCUAGAAUGAAGUCAGUCCCAGAAUUCAUAAGUAUAUUCUACAUUCUGGAAUGAAAUCAAUUGUAGAGUUUGGUUCAGUGUUCUGUGAUGAAUUUCAGAUGACUGCAGGUCAAAGUCUAAAGAUUAUGCCAUUCCAGAAAGUAUGUGAACACUCCAAGCUGUCUGUAGACUGAGACACUUUAUAACAUCGCUGUCAUGAAAAAAACUCUCCAUUUUUUUUUUUCUUGCAUAGUUAGAAAACCCUGGGUUACCCUUUGAAUUCUGUUAAAAUUUCAUGAUGGAAGAAGCAACAAAGUUACAUGGAAAAAAAUCAUGUUAACCUCUAUUACAAGUGAAUAAUGUUUUUCCUUCUCCUGUUACCAAGAUACCAUUUUGGAGAUACAAAGUUUUUUUCAGACAACAUUGAUACGUUCAGAUCACACAGCCACAAAAUGUUUAACUCCAGAGGUUUACUGUAUUGCGAUGUUGGGAAACCCAUGUGAAUCUCAACUUUGAAAGUUUCCCUCACACUCUAGUCUUAUUUUGCAACGUGUUAAAACACUUGUAUGCUUUUUUCCUUUGUUUUCAAUGAAAAAAAUUCCUAUAGGCGACCAACAGUUACAUACUUGAAUGUAAUCAGAAGGCUGGUUUUAAAAAGAUACUGUACUUCAUGCUUUGACUUGGGUAACGUAAAGAUCAGAUAGCCCUAAAACGUCAAUACGCACUCAAGUGUUUAUACUACUGUGGCUGAAAUGUGUGCAGAGGGGGACAUUUUUGAGUCCAUUCCACCUGUAAUGUGUAGAGCUGAGAAACAAAGUGACCAAGACUCUGAUAUUGUCUGAAAUGUAUUCCCUGUAGUUUUCCUUUAGAAAAACGCAAGUGCUUAUCAGCAUUUGAAAUUGAGGUUUGGAACCACUUUCUGGAGUGCAUGCCAAGAUUUUUCUCCUUUGGGCUUUUUUACUGAGAAAACAGAAAAUGCAUUAGCCCCGCGUAAUCCCAUGUGUCAAGUACUUGUAAAAUACUGUUAAUGCAGAGCCAAGAUUGAGUAAAGAAUUAAACAGAGUUGUAUGUUUAGCUUAGUAGGCCUUUAGCCAAGUUUAAAUAUUUUCUUCUCAUCUGCCCUUUUCAUGUGUAUCAUUUGACUUUCAUUUUGGUACACAAAGUAAGCUAUUUAACACUGAGUGCUAUUUAUAAUUCAUACUACAUUACUAAUGUGUUCUUUUUUUAAUAUUAUUUCUAUUUUUGAGAUUUCUAAAUUCCAGGUUUCCCUCUAAACACUGAACCCUGCUUAGGUUAGUAGCAGUUAGAGAUAGUAAGGGUUAACACUGUAAUUGGAUCUAUUUGUAAAGUUGAAAUGUAUCAGGGUUGAUAUUUUGUUUAACAGUGUACUUUUUUCUUUUGUUACGAACAGGGAGCUGUAAAUGGAAUAUAGUGGUAUGAAGUUUGGAAAUUUGAGAAUUGUAUUGCAUAGAAAUUAUGUGUAUAGAUGGUGUGUUGGUUCAAAUG